GGCGGGAACAGCCACUGCCUGCUGGGAGCCAAAUCGAAAGCACUCCAGCUGAAACUGGGCCGGGAGUCCAGGCUCACAGGAGUGGGACAGCAUGGCUUGAGAGGAAUUCUAGCCCUUGCUCUCUCCCUGGGACACGUGAUUGAUUGGCAGCAGGGGAGAGGGGUCUGCCCCCCCUUGGGGGGGGGGCAGAACGGGGCCUCAGGCCUGGGUGCUGUCUGGCACCUGGAAGAUGCCUGUGCCCUGGUUCCUGCUGUCCUUGGCACUGGGCCGAAGCCCCGUGGUCGUUUCUCUGGAGAGACUCAUGGAGCCUCAGGACACUGCACACUGCUCUCUAGGCCUCUCCUGCCACCUCUGGGAUGGUGACGUGCUCUGCCUGCCUGGAAGCAUCGAGUCUGCCCCAGGCCCUGUGCUAGUGCCUACCCGCCUGCAGACGGAGCUGGUACUCAGGUGUCCACAAGAGACAGAUUGCGCCCUCUGUGUCCGUGUGGUUGUACACUUGGCUGUGCAUGGGCACUGGGAAGAACCCGAAGAAGCUGGAAAGUCUGAUUCAGAACUCCAGGGGCCUAGGAACGCCUCUCUCCAGGCCCAGGUGGUGCUCUCCUUUCAGGCCUACCCCAUUGCUCGCUGUGCCCUGCUGGAGGUCCAGGUGCCUGCUGACCUGGUGCAGCCUGGUCAGUCCGUGGGUUCUGCAGUAUUUGACUGUUUUGAGGCUGGUCUUGGGGCUGAGGUACGAAUCUGGUCCUACACGAAACCCAGGUACCAGAAAGAACUCAACGUCACGCAGCAGUUGCCUGACUGCAGGGGUCUCGAAGUCCAGGACAGCAUCCAGAGCUGCUGGGCCCUACCCUGGCUCAAUGUGUCUACAGAUGGUGACAAUAUUCUUCUGAUACUGGACGUCUCUAAGGAGCAGACAUUUGGCUUCUUACUGUACUGGGAUCAGGCCCAGGGUCCUCUCAAAUCCUUGCUGUACAAAAACCUGACUGGACCUCAGAACAUUACUUUAAACCACACUGACCUGGUUCCCUGCCUCUGCAUUCAGUUAUGGGCCCAGGAGCCAGACUCUGUUAGGACCAGCUUCUGCCCCUUCAAGAAAGAUCCCCGUGCACACAGGAACCUUUGGCACAUGGCCAGGCUGCGGGUGCAGUCCUCAGGGAGCUGGCUGCUAGACACGCCUUGCUCUCUACUGACCGAGGUGGCACUGUGCUGGCAGGCACCAGACCAGAGUCCCUGCCAGCCCCUUGUGCCACCAAUGCCCCAGAAGAAUGUCACUAUGAAUAGGCCAUUUGAGUUCCCAUCGGUGAGAGAACACCCCAACCUCUGUGUCCAGGUGAGCAGCUGGGAGAAGGUUCAGCUCCAAGAGUGCUUGUGGGCUGACUCCUUAGGGCCCUUCAAGGAUGAUAUGCUGUUAGUGGAGAUGAAAACCGACCUAAACGACACAUCAGUCUGUGCCUUGGAACCCAGUGGCUGUACACCACUGCCCAGUAUUGCCUCCACGAGAGCUGCUCGCCUUGGAGAGCAGUUGCUUCAAGACUUCAGGACACACCAGUGCAUGCAGCUGUGGAAUGAUGAAGACCUGGGAUCACUGUGGGCCUGCCCCAUGGAUAAGUACAUCCACAAGCGCUGGGUCCUAGUGUGGCUGGCCUGCCUACUCUUGGCUGCGGCGCUUUUCUUCUUCCUCCUUUUAAAAAAGGACCGCAGGAAAGCGGCCCCUCGUGCCCGCCCGGCCCUGCUUCUCCACUCGGCCGAUGGAGCAUACUACGAACGUCUGGUGGGCGCUCUGGCGUCCGCGUUGAGCCAGAUGCCACUGCGCGUUGCCGUGGACCUGUGGAGCCGCCGCGAGCUGACCUCGCACGGAGCCCUGGCCUGGUUCCACCAGCAGCGGCGCCGGACCCUGCAGGAGGAUGGCGUGGUCAUACUUCUCUUCUCACCCGCGGCCGUGGCGCAGUGUCAGCAGUGGCUGCAGCUCCAGACGGUGGAGCCCGGGCCGCAUGACGCUCUGGCCGCCUGGCUCAGCUGCGUGCUGCCCGAUUUCCUGCAAGGCCAGGCGACCGGUCGCUACGUCGGGGUCUACUUUGACGGGUUGCUGCACCCAGACACUGUACCCGCCCCGUUCCGCGUCGCGCCGCUCUUCUCCCUGCCCUCGCAGCUGCCGGCCUUCCUGGAUGCACUGCAGGGAGGCAGCUCCCGGUCCCCCGGGCGACCUGCGGACAGGGCGGAACGAGUGGCCCAGGCGCUGCUGUCCGCCCUAGACAGCUGUACUUAGAGCUCGGAAGCCCAGGCUGCUGCGAGGAAUGGGACCCGGGACCCUGCCCUGCACUCGAAUAAAGGCCGAUGCAGUAUUCCUAA